AAAUAUGCCUUCGUCCUCAUCAUGAAUUUGAUUUCGUUGCACUCCGCCAUCAGGACCAUGCAAGACCACUAUAAAUCCAGGACGGUAUUGAUGCUUGAGCUCGCUCAGGCGACCGCUGGACUUCACUUAUUGGUGGGGUGCCUAGGAUGGUGGACUGAUUUCUUGCACGCCGCGUGGCUGGAGAGUCGGAGGGUUAGUGCUCGUCGCGAUAUCAGAACAUAGUUAUGCAAUGCACAAAUGACAUAUGUCAAGGUCUUCCGAGAUGUGCCUGUCAAAAUGUACUUGUUCGGCCCCUGCAGAGUGCAUUGUGGGACCGAUGCACGUCAUUCGAGAUGGGUGGUUCAGUCUUCAUGCGCCGUGAUUGGCGUUGAAAAUCCGAGGUUCGCAACAGCGGUGAAAAACCUCCAAAUUCCACGGUCAACUGUUGGCGCCCGACCUCUUCCCAGCGUUUGUGACAGUCGAGGUCUCCACAGCAUGGCCGAAUGUGCAGGGAAGGACGUGGGAGGGUCGGCGUGUGUCGUGUAUAGUGAGGCUAACAACAACUCGGCGUCAUCGGGGACAGCAAGCCCACCCCGUCACCCGCAGGUCACGAUGGUUCCCGCUAGCGAGGCGGUACGUGGCGGUGUGUCGUGUGAGGUGUCGGCACGGGGCCUGUGGUAUAUAUGUAAAGAUGUUUCUCGAAGGUGGCUUCUUGGCGGUGACACUACUAGCCGUUUCCCGCUACUCGGUUCGCUAUGAGCCGCAGCAGCGUUGACGUCUGUUCACUCCAUUCACUGCCCGACUGCAGCAGCUCCACGACCCGCAGCUCCCGCAGCUCCCGCUAUUCUUCCUCAGCGCGCCGCCGUCGCCUGGUCUACAAGCGCCCCUACGCUGCUGCCGCUGCCCCGAGUGCAGCAUUGCGCGGCUUGUAUGUGCCGCCUGGUGAGCUUGGAGCCCCCGCCGCGCUGCGUCCCAGGCGCCCACCCAUCGCAUCGCAGCUUUA